AUGGCACUUCUACUGCUCUAUCUCGCCUCUUCGGGAACGAUCAAGGAGGCAGGAAUGGCUUUAGGUAUCUCGAAGCCAUGUGCAGUGAUAUCGAUUAACGCCCUACUCCGAAUUGUUUGCAAGCAGUCUGGCCAGUUCAUCAAGUUACCGUCUAGUCAAUCUGAAUGGGAUAACAUUAUGGACGACUUUGCGUCGGUCAAGGGAUUUCAGUACGUGUGCGGGGCUGUUGAUGGAUCGCUUUUCGAAAUACCUCGACCUGAAGAGUAUGAAGGAUGGUACUGUAAGGAUGGAUAUCCAGCGAUAAGUAUGCAAGCACUUUGCGUUUCCUAG